ACAUGCAGACCGUUGCGUGUUGAUGAAAAUGUAUCUUUGAAUUACACUUAAUCUGAGUACCCUAUUGAAAUGGAACAUGAUCAACUCCGUUCUCUGGAUAUUACUCUUGCUCGAAAGUGAUCUGAUUGAUUCUGUAAAUGUGUCGGGAAAAGAGGGAAUGAGAGUAACUUUACAGACUGGACUUACUGAACUACCUAGCGGCAUUAUUAUAGCAUGGUCUUUCCCAUUGAGUCGUUCAGAUUCAUUUGAUAACAUAGCUCUGCUGAAUGCUGGUGURAUUAMAACGGACUACAGUAGGAAGUUCAAAGACAGACUGAAGCUGGAUACUCAGACUGGAUCUCUCACCAUCAGAAACCUCAMCAUCAACGACUCUGGACUUUAUAAAAUACUUAUCAUCAAUACACAGAGUUCAUCUAAGAUUGCAAAUCUAACUGUCUAUGACUCAGUGUCUGCUCCUCACAUCAGUCACUCAGUGGACAGUCCAUUUGAAAAAGUGAGCUGUUCCUUGGUGUGCACUGUGAAGAACGGGAGAGAGGUGAUCUUGUCCUGGUACAGAGGAGAGGAGAUAUUCAACCAGACCAGCAGCCCUGAUCUUCUCGCCAAUCUCUCUCUCCCUCUGGAGUUUAACAAAAGAAAUGUUGACACCUACAGUUGUGAGGCUUCCAACCCUGCUGACUCAAAACAAACUCCACUCAACAUUGAAACGCUCUGCCCUCAAUUGUCCUCACGCUCUGCCAUCAAAGAGUCUGGCCCCAUCGCACUGGUCACAUUGUUAGCAGUUGGGAUAAUAAGUGGUGGUAUAUUCUGGGCAGUUAAAAUAAGAACAUGUGGAGCCUGCAAGCAAAGAGAAGAAGACCAACAUUAUACUGAUGUGAAUUUUCAGAGAUUGGUUGGGGAUAUACCGGUAUCUGGCACCGGAGGAGUCUGUUCACCAGAGGAGUCUGUUUUGUACUCAGAUGUCAGAAUCUUACCUUCUGUUCAGACAGGACUGGAUUCAAUCACUCCUCUCUCAAAGCUGUGACCUUGGCGUGGUUUAGAGGCUUGUGUGUCUCAAUGACCCUGAGAGCUACGCCGGAGGGGGCUUUGGCCCCUGGUAGGUUUAGCCAUUCCGGAUUGGUCUCCGGUGAGGGGCCAGACCAACGACAGCAUUGGUCCUACGUGUUUCACGUUGGCAUGGUGCUAUAGGUAUGCAACUAUACCACUCUGACAAUGUUACAUGCUGUGUGUACAGUUGAAGUCGGAAGUUUACAUACACUUACGUUGUAGUCAUUAAACUCAUUUUUCAACCACUC